UGAUAGAUUUCUUAGUGACUUUUAGUAUUGGAUUGAUUUUAGAUACAUUUUAAGUUAAAAUUGAUUGAAGAUGAUCAGUUGUAUUUGUAUUAUGGUGUGAAGCGUGUUGUUUUGUGUAAGGAAAGGCCAAAAGAUGUACAACGCGCGUAUACUCCUACCAGUGAUCCUAUUUAUUCUGUCAAAGACACACGCACAAAUAGAGAUACACAUCCAAGUUUCCGACUCAAACGAAGUCACCGUUCAAACAACCGGCCAAUCUGAGACAAGAGACCUAAACGCUAACCAUAGAGAACUAUUCCAUAUUACAGAUGAAUUACUACAAAAAGCUUUAUUCACACUAACAGGACUACAAACAGAAGUUUUCCUUGAUAGUAACAACGAUGUUUAUAAAAACUAUGAACUAGAACCAGUGAAAACAGUUCUUAAACCAAACGGGACUAAAACUAAGGUUAUACAAGAGGAAAUUAUUUUAAACAAAGUACAGACGUAUAAUGAAUACGCAACAGAAAAUUCCCGAUUAAUAAUACUAAAAGGCAAUAUAGAGGAUAAUGUAACGUGUGUUUUUAAACAAAAAGAUGUAUUUCCAGCGGAAAUAUUACAUAUAAUAGAUGUCAAUAGCAUUGAUAAGAAUUGGAGCAUUGCAUCAAAUUUUGGAAGAGAUUUUUCUGAAACUAAUAAGGAUACUAAUGUUAAUGCUACUUUUGGUGUAACUUUAGGCGCAAAAAAAGAUGCUACAGCAAUUUUAAGUGCAACUAAAGUUACAGUUCUAAUACAGAUAAAUUACUUAGCAACAUUAACUGGAAAUAUUUUAGCUAAAUUUGAUAGCUCAUAUGUCUGGGGUUAUGAGCACUAUGAUAUAAAAACAAUUAUGGAUGAAGCUGGUAUGCCACAUAGUGUAAGGUUGAGCGAAGAAAUAAGAAUAGAAUUUUACACAAAUUGCUCUAUAAAUGUUUAUGGAGAUAAUGUAUUUGCGAUGAAUAGUGAAACUCAAUGCUUAUUUACAGUCAAAAAUGUAACAGAUGAUGAAAAUAUCAAUUGGGUUACAGGAGAGGUCAAAAAUAAGAAAUUAACAUCUAAAGGUUUUCCAAAAGUGUUGAAGCAACAAGGAAACAAUGCUGUAAAGAACUCAGUGACUAGUAUUUUGUUUGUGACGUUAUUUACGAUAAUAUAAAUACUUUGAAAAUUGUUUGUAGUUUUUAAAUCUAUGUUUAUGUUAAGUUCGCUAUCAUGAGUAUUUGAGACUAUGGCGUUGACAUAAAGGAAAAUGACAUUGUAUGAGGAAAGUGAACAGCGUUCUCGGAAUGUUACUAGAGCCAAAAAUUACAUACAAUUUCUAUGACUUUUACGCUAUAAAGUAACGUAAAAAAGUUACGGUAGAGGUACUUAUUACAAACAACACGUUCUUAUAUUUAUUUUGAGGUAAAGAAUAGUAACUAUUUACUCAAGCCAACUUUAUUAUUUAACACAUUUGUAUUUCAACAAAGAGGAUCGAGUAUUAUAGAGAGUUACUAUCGAAGCACGUCGAAGUAAAAUGUGUACCUCUAAUCACAGUGCAUAGACUGCCAUCUCUGGACAGAGGCUUAAAACUUUUGAAGAUCCGUUUUGACAAUUUGGUCCAUAUUCAAUCAUUAGCUCGAUAUGUGUUAAAACAUCAAAUAUUAAUAGUAGCGCCACCUAGCUGAGCAUACCUCAUAGGUGUAAUGCUAUCUAGGCCACCUUACCUUUUUAUGUAUGGUACUGAGGUACGUUUUUUUCUUAGACUAUCUGUCUAUACGGACUUAUAUAUGUAUUUGAUUUCAAUGAGUAAUGACUUUGUUGAAAUGUACUCCAAAAAUAAAUAGAGAUAGAUAACAGUUUAUCGAAGUAAGAAGUGCUUUAAGUGUUUGUUCCUGGAAAUAUGUGCAAAAAUUUGUCGAUAUAAUGGUCAGGACAUUUCGUUCCCAUUCCUGCUAUUGUCCUUGUCUCUUCAUUUCUUUUAUCUCUGAAUCUCUUUUUUGUAGUUAUUAUUUCCAUUCCAUUUUGAUGCCUCCCUUCCUUAUUUUCUGCUGUCUUUUCCAUUCAAUAAUAUUGCAAUUUUUUCUUCUCCUUUAAUUCUUGUUUGAAUCUGUGACUGUCUGUCUAUACCUAUGUUUGUAGAAAUCUAAUGAUCACCAACAACAAUUUUGCUAUCUGUACAAAAUUGUACUCUGAUAAUCUGUUUCUCUUUCCUAAAAACUGGCAGCCCUGCAGCUUUCAACACAUUCUUAACGUCAUACGCCCAAAAAUGAUGUCCAUUAAGUUUGACUUCAUUAUUCGUAGCCACAUAUCCAUCUAGCGUAACCAAAUAUUCAACUUCUAUAGUUACUGUUACGUUAGUGGCUUUAAAUUCUACAGUAGCAACUGAUUUUGGUUUUAAAGUCAACUUUACAGUUGGAGAUUCUACGAUAUCAUUAUUUUUAUCUGUAAAGUUUGUCCAUAAGUAGAGUUUAUAUGGAAAUCAGGUCCAGUCAUACCUAUGGCACUAAUAUGAUAAUCAACUUUAGCAGCAAACUUAUCUGUUUGAUUCCAAGACGUUGUAACAUUUUUCACAAUAUCAACUAUUAAUGAAACUUUUUCUUUUUUAUCUGCAGUGCCAUUGUUAGUUAUGUUUGUGCUAUCUAGAAUAACUUCAGUAGUUUCUAUGUUUAUAACUUUAAUGCUUUGUGGUUUGAUAAUAGUUUUGACAGGCUCCCAAGAGUAAGUUUUAUACAAAUCAUUCCAAGGUGUCGGGCCAUAUAAAUAUACAUUUGUAGGUACUUUCCCAGUAAGAUUAAAAAUAGCUUUCUUUAGUGUUUCGUUAUUCAAAUGGAAUAUUUUCUGAUCUUUAUCAGUAAUGAUGGAGUGGUAUACACCAGUUGCGUGUAAGAAAGAGGCAGGGGUUUCUUUUGAUGCUUGAAUGUUGAUGGCUAUUUGAGCAUGGGCUAUAACAGGCAGCAGACAUAGUAGCCAAUUCAUUGUGAUUAUCUGAAA